UUUUCAUUCUUUAAGGAGUAUAUUAUUAUAUAGCAUCAUUGUCGAAGUAUUUUUCGUUUUGAUUUGUCACACUUACUAUUUUUUUUCCAAUUUACGAAGCUGAAGACGAUUAAAUUUUCGCCCAAAAGUUCACUGAGAUAACGUAGAGCAGCUGAAAGUAUAGAAUUACUUAAAACAAGCACUGAACAAAGGAGGGUGUGAAAAAACAAGGGAGCGAGAGGCCAUGAAUACCACAGAACCCAUCACCAAACCGAGCUCCAUUUCUGAGCAACUCACGGAGAGCAUUCAGAAGUCUCUCCAAGACCACGGUAUUAACAAGGCCCGCGUGACACUGGAGUUGCUGGGGAGGAAUACCGAGGAUCCGCACCGUGUUGCGUCCGGCGUAAGCACGGCGAAGCCAGAUAAUAAUGACGUGGAGGUAAUCAUUUUGAAUCAUGAUGGACAGGAAGACGCAGAUGGGAAUAUGAACAACACUAGCGUUAACAAAGAAAACAGUUCCGACUCCAAGAUUUUCAUGUAUUCAAGUGAAGUGAUAGGCACAAAUAAGGAGCAGCCUUUCACCCAGCUCACCGAAAUAAAAAAUAAUUCUCCGGCAUAUUUACCGGAUUCGGCCGAUACGAGUAAGGAUAAUGGCGAAAAAGAAUGUAUAUACAAGGAAACAGAAAAAAAUUUGGUCGAAAAAACGUCUACGCCGAUGAAUAUGUCAGGCCAUGGCGCAAAUCCAGCAUCAGGACAACCAACAGAGCCGCACGAAAGGGUGAUGCUACCGAAUGAAGCACCAUCAGAGCAAGCAAGGGAAGCGGAGGGCGAGCAGCCUGCCUUUGCUGCGGAUGAUCCCAAAGCGUUAGAAGCAAUGGCUAUGAUGAUGGACGAAGGACUCUUACCAGAUGACGUGAGGAUGAUGAUGGAACGCGAGAAGAACAAAAAAGAACGUAUCAGAAUUCUCAACACCUUUCUCGGAAAAAGCGUGUUGUUGGAUUAUAAAAAAGCGCAGGGUCACUGGAAGUCGUCACCACCACCACCGAUAUCCUCAACACCUUUCAUGUCGGCCGCCAUGCGGACUCAGGUUAAACGAAGUUCAAAGGUUGGGGAGCAAAGUAACGAAGAGGGAGAAGCGAAAGCAGGCAUCUCUACAGCAUCCAGCACGGCCCCACGGACGCCUAAGGCUGGAGCUGGCGGCAUUCAAGUGCUGCGCUUCACGUUGCCAGCCGAUAAUCAGGCGAGGUUGGAUGCGGUGGAACAACUCCGAGGCAGCGCUGCCGGUGAGCAGCACAUCAGCGCCAAGGAUAAGUACCGGCUCAUGAUGGACGAUCAACAGCAGAUCCUGAAGAGGAACGACACCUCGCAAGAUGAGUACAAGCGGCUGCUCGACAAAGCCAUCGAGUACAAUCGCUCCCUCAUGCAGUAG